AUGUUGAUGACUCCUACAGUUUGCAGGAAAACUAGAGGAAAGAUGUUGAUGACUCCUACAGAUUUCAGGAAAACUAGAGGAAAGAUGUUGAUGACUCCUACAGACUGCAGGAAAACUAGAAGAAAGACGUUGAUGACUUUUACAGUUUGCAGGAAAACUAAAGGAAAGAUGUUGAUGACUCCUACAGAUUCCAGGAAAACUAGAGGAAAGAUAUUGAUGUUUAUGACUCCUACAGAUUGCAGGAAAACUAGAGGAAAGAUGUUGAUGACUCCUACAGAUUUCAGGAAAACUAGAAGAAAGACGUUGAUGACUUUUACAGUUUGCAGGAAAACUAAAGGAAAGAUGUUGAUGACUCCUACAGAUUGCAGGAAAACUAGAGGAAAGAUGUUGAUGACUCCUACAGACUGCAGGAAAACUAGAAGAAAGACGUUGAUGACUUUUACAGUUUGCAGGAAAACUAAAGGAAAGAUGUUGAUGACUUCUAAAAAUUACAGGAAAAUUAGAGGAAAGAUAUUGAUGUUGAUGACUCCUACAGAUUGCAGGAAAACUAGAGGAAAGAUGUUGAUGACUCCUACAGACUGCAGGAAAACUAGAAGAAAGACGUUGAUGACUUUUACAGUUUGCAGGAAAACUAAAGGAAAGAUGUUGAUGACUCCUACAGAUUCCAGGAAAACUAGAGGAAAGAUAUUGAUGUUUAACAUCUUUCCUAUAGUUUUAUUAUUUUUCCUGCAAUCUGUGGGAGUGAUUUUGUGA